GCUGCCGGGCGCCGCAGGAGGAUAGACCCCGGUGAUCACCGGCUCUGCCCGCGCCACCACCAUGUCCGUGGCCUUCGCGUCCGCGCGGCCGAGAGGCAAAGGAGAGGUCACGCAGCAAACCAUUCAAAAGAUGCUGGACGAGAACCACCACCUGAUCCAGUGCAUCCUGGACUACCAGAGCAAGGGCAAGACGGCGGAGUGCACCCAGUACCAGCAGAUCCUGCACCGGAACCUGGUCUACCUGGCCACCAUAGCCGACUCCAACCAGAACAUGCAGUCGCUGCUGCCCGCCCCGCCCACCCAGAACAUGAACCUGGGCCCCGGAGCACUGAGCCAGAGCGGUUCCAGCCAGGGCCUGCACCCCCAAGGCAGCCUCAGCGACGCCAUCAGCACAGGCCUGCCCCCGGCCUCCCUCAUGCAGGGCCAGAUCGGCAAUGGUCCCAGUCACGUGUCCAUGCAGCAGACGGUGCAGAGCACCCUGCCCACAACUUCCAUGAGCAUGUCUGGUAGUGGCCACGGCUCGGGACCUGGUUACAGCCACUCGGGACCUGCCUCUCAGAGCGUCCCCAUGCAGGGCCAGGGCGCCAUCAGCAACUACGUGUCUCGGACCAACAUCAACAUGCAGUCCAACCCAGUCUCCAUGAUGCACCAGCAGGCGGCCACAUCCCACUACAGCUCUGCGCAGGGCGGGAGCCAACACUACCAGGGCCAGUCGUCCAUGGCCAUGAUGGGCCAGGGCGGCCAGGGCAGCAGCAUGAUGGGGCAGCGGCCCAUGGCGCCCUACCGGCCCUCCCAGCAAGGCUCUGCGCAGCAGUACCUGGGCCAGGAGGAGUACUACAGCGAGCCGUACGGCCACAGCCAGGCCGCCUCGGAGCCCAUGAGCCAGCAGUACUACCCCGAGGGCCACAGUGACUAUGCCUACCAGCAGUCGUCCUACUCGGAGCAGAGCUACGAGCGCUCCUUCGAGGAGUCCACGCAGCACUACUACGAGGGGGGGAACUCCCAGUACAGCCAGCAGCAGGCUGGGUACCAGCAGGGCACCGCCCAGCCGCAGACCUACUCCCAGCAGCAGUACCCCAACCAGCAGAGCUACCCCGGGCAGCAGCAGGCCUACGGGCCUGCCCAGAGUGCCCCCUCGCAGUACUCCAGCUACCAGCAAGGACAAGGCCAGCAGUACGGGGGCUACCGAGCAUCGCAGACGGGACCCUCUGCCCAGCAGCAGCGGCCUUAUGGCUAUGAGCAGGGCCAGUACGGAAACUACCAGCAAUGAAGGACCCGUGUUCUCGUUGGAGCCUGGUGGGAGUGUGUCUGGGCGCUGGACAGCUGUGGUGGUUCUGAUGAACUGUGCCAUGUUGCUGGCCCCUCGCCCAGCGCCGUGCCUGCAUGUGAACGUGCCCACCUUAUGUUGGGUACGAAGCCACCUGCACCUCUGGCGCAAGACAGCACUGUGCUGGGACCUGGGGUGCCGUGUGUGGUGUUGUAUGUCAGUGCGAUGGAGCAGUUGUCCCAUUUCUGCCCCCCACCCUCUUUUCCGUGUUCCUAGCUAGUUUUGGGGGUCAUCUCAUCCUCAGUGUUCUGUGCCUGGCGAUGGGACAUAGCUGAAAGGUGCCACGGUCCUCGUGUUCACAUGAGCAAGCUGGGUCUGCUCCCUCCCGUUGGGUGUGCUGUGGCCGGAGCAGCUCCUGCUCUGGCCACUGCCUGCUGCCCUCAGACCCCGUCGCCUCCGGAGCCCGGCAGUGCUGGGCCCUGUGUGUGAGCCAGUUUCUGUUUGGUGUGACAAGGAUGCACAGCUUCACCUGCAGGAGCCAGACCCUCCGCUGCCUCGCCCCUCGCCAGCUCUGUUCUCCAGAAGGAUAUUGUCCUGUGUUAAAGGUGAAGAGGACAGCGACUGUAUUCCAAAUAAUUGAGCCCGAGGGCAGCGUGUGGUCAGCCUGCCCAGGGAGAGUCGUGUCACCCAAGGGCAGGGGCAGUUCUCUGCCAGCAGGGCAGUCGGAAAGGGCCUGGCUUUGGCCUUUGUUCAUCUUAUGUCUUUUCUAGGAUUCGAAUAUUUAAUAUGCCCAGUCCUAAGGAUUUAAAGUAUUUAUACCAAAUCUCCCAGCGGUUGGCAAGUUGUUUAUUUUGUGUCAUUUCUUCCAGGACCGACCUGUUCUGAUCUCCAAGCAGGCGUUUCUUUCCUUUUAGGGAUAUCUAAGAUCUGCAUCCUGUUUUUGAAAAGAACCCCAGUAACUUCCCUGUGUCCUUCUGAAUGAAAAGUAAAGGUUUUAUAUGAUGAAAAGUGAGUGACUCUUACAUCACUAGGACAUUCAACCCCAUUUAUCUUCUGUGCAAAUAUCAAGACAGCACACUUGGAAAAUCAUGGCCAAAGGAAAAAGCCUGCGCGGACCCUUGAUCAGCCUUUACCUGGGUAAUAACGACCACUGUAUUUACUAUGAAUCCUUUUUUACAAAAGAAAUCUUUGUAUAAAUGCUGAUGUAUUUCCAAAAACGACUCAGAAAAUACAAAGAUUUUCCAGUGCUUAAGAUGUUAGGCCUACUAAA